UCCAGACGCUUGCGCGAUAAAUUAACUUAUUUGAUAACAUAAAUAACACAUAACGGGUCACUAAAAUAUUGCAAUAUGCUUUUAAUUGCAUUAACAAUAAUUGUGCUGGUUGCUUUGUACUUUUACGGUACUAGAACGUUCAAAUAUUGGGAGAAUAAAGGAGUGAAAAACGACAGACCUAUACCCUUUCUUGGAAACAAUGCAAGGAAUUACCUAAUGCAGAAGAGCGCAACUGAAUUAGCCGCUGAGGCUUACUGGAAGUAUCCGGAAGAAAAAGUGGUUGGCUUUUACAGAUCAACUAAGCCCGAAAUUGUUCUACGGGAUCCCCAGUUAAUAAAAAAAGUACUGACGUCAGAUUUCUAUCACUUCUAUCCCCGUGGUCUUAAUACUCACAAAAUGGUUAUCGAGCCAAUGUUGCGCAACUUGUUUUUCGCUGAUGGUGAUUUGUGGCGAUUGUUACGGCAGAGACUGACUCCAGCUUUCACUACAGGAAAACUACGUGCUAUGUUCCCCCUGAUUGUGGAACGUGCUGAAAGACUGCAAUUGCGUGCGUUGCUGGCGACUGAGCAAAGUGGGGGUGUACUUGAUGCACGGGAUCUCAUGGCGCGUUAUACAACUGACUUUAUAGGGGCCUGUGGCUUUGGCUUAGAUGCAGACUCACUACAGGACGAUGACUCUGAAUUCAGGAAGCUUGGUGCCAAAAUAUUCCAAUUAGGUAUCAGGAAUGUAGUAACUAACUUCUUGAAAGAACUAUUUCCUGAGACCUUUAAACAUCUCAAGUUUCUUGGCAACGUGGAAAAAACUAUUAUACGUCUCCUAAAAGAGGUACUGAAACAACGAAACUUUGAGCCAUCAAAUAGAAACGACUUUGUUGACUUGUUGAUAGAAUGCAAGAAGAAGGGCACCAUAGUAGGAGAGUCGAUAGAACGCGUAGGAGCUGAUGGAAAAGCGGUACUCGCGGAGUUGCAUGUUGAUGAUGAAUUAUUAGCUGCUCAGAUGUUCGUAUUUUUCGCAGCAGGUUUUGAAACUUCAUCGUCAGCUACCAGCACUGCUUUAAAUGAAUUAGCCCACAACACGCAUGUGCAACGUAAGGUCCAACAGGAAAUUGAUAGAGUUUUAGCUAAGCAUGGCAAUAAAUUAACCUAUGAAGCUGUUAAAGAGAUGACAUAUUUAGAAUGGACAUUUAAGGAAGCUAUGCGAGUAUUUCCAUCAUUAGGAUUUCUUAUACGUGAAUGUGCACGCAAAUAUACUUUUGAAGAUUUGAAUUUAACAAUCGAUGAAGAAGUUUCAGUUAUAAUUCCACUACAGGCAUUACACAAUGACCCGCAGUAUUUUAAUGAUCCACAGCAGUUCCGUCCUGAACGUUUUGAUCCUGAUGUAUUGAAUGGCGAUCAAUAUAAAAAUGUUUACUUGCCAUUUGGUGACGGUCCCAGAGCUUGCAUUGGUGCUCGUCUCGGAAUGAUGCAAUCACUAGCAGGCUUGGCAGCAGUAUUAUCGCGGUUCUCUGUGUACCCAGCACCAGGAGCGCCUCGUUAUCCUCGUGUAAACCCUGCUUCCGACAUCGUCCAGACUGUGGUUGGUGGAGUCCCUUUGACUUUCAAACCCCGGGACUCGAAUGUGCCAAUUAUAUCGUAACGUCGAUACGAAAACCAGUUAUACGAGAUCUAACCUUGAAGUGCAACGCCCUUGGCGUGUGUCAUGGCUAAUGAAUAUUAUUUUUCUUAGAUCAAUGUUUUGAUAACAUAGCUUAGUUAUUGUAUAUAUAUUUGAAACGAGGACUAUUCGAAUAUAAACGUAAUAUUUCUAUGAAACGCUCAAUUGAAUACUCCUUAGAUCUAAGCUUGUAUCAACUAGAGCUUUUUUAAAGUAAUAAACAAACGAGGCAAAAUUAUUGCAACUAUUGAUUGAUAUUUAGACGAAUUAAUUGUGAAACAACUGUUUACUGUCAAAUGUCACAAUCUCCUUCAAAUAAGCAACUUGACUAAUUACACAAUUGUUAUGUCAAUUACGGAUAACAUUGUUUAUUGUACAGUUUUAGGAAGUAAUUCUGAGAUGACAUGCGAAAUAAAAUAAAGUACAUUUAGGGUUGUGUUUUUUUUGACGUGACAACGUCUAAUAAUUCAAUGGAGCCGGCUGCACGUACGAAAAAACAUGGUGCAUGCGGCGUUACCUCGCUCUGAGGCUGAUGUUCCAUUUAAGCCUUGAAGCGCAAGCAAGAGCGCGGAACGAGCGACAAAGAGGCACAAUCGGCCUCCGCGUUCGGCAGCGUUCGACAUUUGUCUCUCUCCUACUUGAGUGAGUAUCGUAAAAAAAUGACAUAAUUGUAUUUAUGCGUACAAAUAAAUGUAACUUGAUGAAUUCAAUUGUUCUUUCCAUUUACCUACUUCUCUAUAUCUAUACAAAAUAUCUAUCAAAGAAAUAAAAUUACAAUUUUCUUUUGAAAAAGCAACCAUUCCAUCAUUCUAUCGUC